CUCCCUCCCUCCCUCCCUCCCUCCGGGGGGUUUGCCCUGGGACGCGCCGGCGGCUGUGGGGCUGGCUCCUCGGCGGCGGAGCAAGGGGUCAAGGGCAGCAGAGGGGAAAGGAGGGGGAGAUGCCAACUCCGGGGUAGCGCGGAGGCUCCGGCUGAGCGGGAAACACCACACCCCCCCACACCCCCCACACCCCCCCCCCCGCCCCGCUCUCCCCAGCCCCGCCGGCCCCAUGGCGGGGCGGGCGCCGCAGCGCAGCCUCCCGGCCGCGGCGGCCGCCGCGCUCCUGCUCUUGCCCAUAGUCCUCCACUGUGAAUCUUCUGUGAACCUGCCCUUGUCUGUUCUGCUGGAAAAGUACUGUGAAGCUUUGUCAGCCCGCACCAAUGUCACAGGUCUGUACUGCAAUGCCACCACUGAUCAGAUUGGGACCUGCUGGCCCAGAACCUCUGCGGGGGAGCUAGUAGAGAGACCCUGCCCGGAGUUCUUCAAUGGGAUCAAAUACAACACCACGAGAAAUGCCUACAGAGAAUGCCUGGGCAAUGGGACAUGGGCUUCCAAGAUAAACUACUCUCAGUGCGAGCCUAUUCUGGAUGACAAGAGGAAGUAUGCGCUCCAUUACAAGAUUGCUCUCAUCAUAAACUACCUGGGGCACUGUAUAUCAGUAGGGGCCCUUAUAGUUGCCUUUAUGCUUUUCUUGUGCUUGAGGAGUAUCCGAUGCCUGCGGAAUAUUAUCCACUGGAACUUGAUCACCACGUUCAUCCUGAGGAAUGUGAUGUGGUUUCUGCUUCAAAUGAUAGAUCACAACAUACAUGAAAGCAAUGAACCUUGGUGUAGAUGUAUUACCACUGUCUACAAUUAUUUUGUGGUGACCAACUUCUUCUGGAUGUUUGUGGAAGGCUGCUACUUACACACGGCUAUAGUGAUGACUUAUUCCACAGAUAAGCUGCGGAAAUGGGUCUUUCUCUUCAUAGGAUGGUGUAUUCCUUGCCCAAUCAUCAUUGCCUGGGCCAUUGGCAAACUAUAUUAUGAAAAUGAACAAUGCUGGUUUGGAAAAGAGCCGGGGAAAUAUAUUGACUACAUAUAUCAAGGGCCAGUGAUUCUUGUUCUUCUGAUAAAUUUUGUAUUUCUAUUUAACAUAGUUAGGAUUUUAAUGACAAAGCUGAGAGCGUCAACCACUUCAGAAACAAUACAGUACAGGAAGGCAGUCAAGGCAACGUUAGUUCUUCUGCCUCUGCUAGGCAUCACCUAUAUGCUUUUCUUUGUCAACCCUGGUGAAGAUGACAUUUCCCAGAUCGUCUUCAUCUAUUUCAAUUCCUUCCUGCAGUCUUUUCAGGGUUUCUUUGUGUCAGUAUUUUACUGCUUCUUGAAUGGUGAGGUCCGUUCUGCUGCCAGGAAAAGGUGGCACCGCUGGCAAGACCAUCACUCCCUCCGAGUGCGUGUGGCACGUGCCAUGUCUAUCCCCACCUCUCCGACACGAAUCAGCUUCCAUAGCAUCAAACAGACCGCAGCCGUGUGACAUGCCCUGCACAUACACACACCACUUGGUGGCCUUCAGGGUUCCUCUUUCUUCACUCCCCCCAAGCCCCUUUCUUCAAACUUUCUUCCUUUAUUCUGCACUGCUCUCUUUCACAAUGAGGUGCCCAUCGUAUUUUUGUGGACUCUCAUCUCCCAUAUUUGUGAUGCUGCUUUAAGGCAACCAGGCAAAAGCCUCUUGGACUAGGUGGUGGUGAAACAGUUUCAAAGAAGAAAGAGAUUCAACACUGACUGCACCUUGUGGAAGUUCAAAAUACAACGUUUAAAACAGCACACUGGCAGGAACAAUCAUUUUUUUUUCUCCUUUCUUUUUUGUUUAUCCCUUCUGUAUUGCGGUGAACAAAGACUAAUUUUGUCAUACUGCCCAUCUCACCCUGUACAUUGAUUCCCAAUGAUUUCAACAGUUUGGUGUAUAGAUAGCCCAACUCUUUCUUGUUUCUUUGUAAAAACUUCUUCUCUGCAGAACUGUCAUUUGAGAACCUGUGGCAGCAAGAAAAAGAGCAUUUGGAAGGUGGUGUGAAAAAUCUAAAGUUAUCUACCUUCCCCACUUCUCCCUUUGAUAGACUGGGAGUUGGCCAGGGCAUCGCUAGACUGUUUAACACAGGGCACUUUGCCUUGCAAGAACUACACCCUGUUCAUACACAUAAUUUUGAAAAGGACUACAAUAUCUCUAGAUAGCUCUAUAAAAUCUCCUUACUCCUCUUAGCCCCACGCUUUCAACACAAUGUAAGUAGCCUUUGGAAAGUCUUUGUUUUUUUUCAGCUAAGAGGAUUGGGGUGGGGAAGGACAACAGAAAAUGUUUUCUGGGUUUAAAAAAUAUAAAAUAGAAGUACUGUAAAAAUAAUAAUGAGAAGAGGAUGUUUGCAUUAUGAGGAUAGUGCUACAUGCUGCACAAAGAUUAUCUACUGAGCAUUUUGAACUAGAGCAGAUGUAUCUACUAGGCUUUUUAUGUGAUGUUCAAAAAUACUGUAUAUUUUCAAUAAUAAACACUACUCUGGGUUGGUUUCAAUAAAACCAGGCAUCAUUUUCUUUACUCUGGAAAGAAGGAGGACACCUGUCUUGAGAGUGGCUUCACAUCUAAGAUCAGGGAAAGAAAUCCUGUUUGAUAAUAAGCCAAUACAAAGAACAACCUCAUGAUAAAAUCUAAGCAAGAGGGUAUUUAAAUGAAAGAUGAACUGCCUCCCUUCUCAGCUCAUGGUGUAACACCGGAUCCGUCUCCUUCUUCAUUCCCCUUCCCUCCACCGGGCUUCACAACAGCAGAAAGAAAAAAGCAAAUUGUGUAAUAUAUUCUCCGUCACCUGUAUCUCACCAAUGUUGGAGUAAUUUGCUCUUUCCACUUCAGCAUGCUUAUUCUGAAUUUUCUUCGCAUGUUUUAGAGGAAUUUCUAGCACAAGCUGGAUUUAAAUAUCCAGAUUUAAAUUGGUCUUUCUUUAGUUUUCAAGACUACACAGGGAUGGAAAUUAUCUUGGAAGACACUCAUGCUAAUCCCCUAUUUCUGGAGGCAUCCUGUCCUAACAGCACGAUCACAUUCAACUUUGAGCUGGUUGGCAAUGCACAGCAAAUUUAAAUUAACAAAUUAAAAUUUUGUAACUUUCUCCCUCCUAGCUCUCAUUUGUAUUCAUGUGCCUCAAUGAGAUAACUAAGGGAGGAGGGAGAUUUGAGAUUCUGUCUAGCUAGACCUAUCAUCUCUGCCAAAGAGGAGGAGAAGGGAAGAGUCUUCACACAGCCUUCCAUGUGGCAUGCCAACUAGCAUGACAGAUCCCCGUGUGGCAGAGCUACAAAUAACACUGGAAAUGUGCCUGCCUAUGCCACUCACUGCUGUCAGUGCCCUGAGUUCUGCAAAGUGAGGCAAACUGUCUUCAUGGUAGCUGGGAAAGAAAAGUGAUGAGAGAGGACGGUGUCAGUGCUUUUAUUCAUUGCAUGCCUCACAAUAGUGAUGCACAGCCUCCCGGCAUAUUGUGUUUGAGGGGAUAGAUAUAUCUACAGGUUAGAAUAUAUGGAUUGAGUACCUCUGUGUUUGCUCUGCCUCUAGGCCAGUCUGGGAUGAAAAAGGGAUUUGCAAUGCAGCAUGUACUGUCGGUAAUUGCAGAUUAUUGUUGCUACCAGAAGUGUAUUUUCACAAAAAAUAAAAACCUUUUUCCAAUUAGUAUUUGUCCAAAGCAGAGAU